AUGGCGCCAGUGACUCGCUCUCACAAGUUCAACGACCGUGACCACGCCGGUCUGGCCGAUGGAACCGCUGCCGCCCAGGAGCAUCUCCCUCGCUACUUUGCGAAGCACGGCCCUGUCGGCGCUGACCCCAAGAAGGUGAAGAAGAACGGCGGUGGCAGAAGUAACUGGGGCAAUGCCGGCGAGGAGGUCGUCGACGAGGAUUUCCGCUUCACCUACGCCCGCCGUCGCACAAACAGCAGUGGCUUCGCCGACAACAUCGGUGCCUUCAAGACUAAGUUCGAUGUCAACGAGCCCGAGCCCGUCUUCGAGGAGUCUGUCCAUGGACCCACCGAGUUGGACGGCGAGGAGCUCACCAAGACAGAGUCGUCCGAGAGCGGCCGUUCUUCAGCCUAUGGUGAUGAUAAAGUCACCAAGCACUAA